CACUCAGUGUUACGGUGGUGGCGGAGGAGGUAACAGUUGUGGUGAUCGUGGUUGAAAAUAGGUGUUGAAGGGAGAGACUAGCGGUGCUGGUGGUGGUGGUGAAGGGGGAGAAUCGAACGUGGUGGUGGUGUUGUGGUGUUGAAGUCGGUGGUGCUGCACGAUGACAGGAGAGGCACUUUAUCUCCUUUCCUCCCUCCUUCUCUCCUUCUUCGUCUACAUCCUUGUGACGCAAGGUCGCCGCAGUUUCCUCGGGUACUUGUGGCGGCGAUGGCGUGUCUUCGUGGACGUGUGGUUGGCCCAGGUGGGGACUGCCGUGGGCGGGGAUGGCCGUGGGCGGGGCGGUGGCUCCAUGGGACUCUCUGACGUGAUGGAGCCGUCGCCGUGGGAGCAGGAAGUGGAGAAGCCCAAGCCAUUCAUCACGGACAGGCACGAGGAUGUGGUCAGCGUGUCGGCCGUGGACAGGCAGGGUCGGGCGAUUGUUCUCAGGGCUGCCAGACUCUCCAACCGGCGCGCUUCUGUCUUCCUCACCGUCAUCGAUAAGGACGGGGCUGUCUACACCCUGCCCAACCAGCCGGACACGGGGCAGGUCAACGUGGAGGGCGAGGGCUGGGGCGGGGCGGGGCUCAGCGUGACCUGCGUUGACCCCAUGCGACUAUGGAGGAUAAAAUUCAGCGGGUUGUUGAGACGAGGCGCGAAGGAGGAGUACAUCACAGAGGGGUCGGAAGAGGAGACGGAGGAGAGGAAGGCGAAGAAGCAACAGAAGAAGAAGAACCAAACAGACGAUAAAGACGAAGCAAGCACAAAACAUGACACUCAACAGAAAGAGGAGGAAGAAGAAGAGGAGGAGGAGGAGGAGGAGGAGGACGAGGAGGAUAUUGUACAUGCGAGAUUUGACUUCCUCUGGCGUUCUCUGCGUGGUCCCAUCGAGUUCUCAGCCUCCAUCAAUCCCCUUCUCCUCUCCCGCUGUCUGGCCCCCCACCUACACGCCUCUCCCUGGGACUACCUGGAGGAGGAGCGGGACGGCUACGAGCAGUGGGGGUGUCUGCACGGCACCAUACGUCUGCGUGCGGAUGAGCCCCUCGACACCUGGUACCUGAGGGGCCCGCGGCGACACAGAUGGGGGCUGCCGAGGGUCGUGGGGGUGGGUCUGAGCACGAGGAUCUACUUCGACAACGGGGACCAACUCUCCUUCAGGGCCCGAUGCAAGUCCCCGUCCGGCCCACAGUACAUGAGUGGUUACCUGCGGAAGUCUUCAGGUCGCCUACAGGUCAUGACAGCGUGUGACCUUGACCUCAACAAGCUGGACAGACUCGGGGCUCUUGGAAAUAACCUGCUGAUUAAGUUUACAGCCGGGGGUCAGAGUUACGAGGUGUGGCAGCAGUUGGGUCAGCGCGGGGUCAAGUAUCACACCGGUGACCCCUGGACUUGCGAGCACACGGUCUACAACGCCCCCGCCGCAGCCUCCCACACUUACGGCCGGGCCAUGACCACGCUGUCCCGGAGAUACACCGCGCUGUGCCCCGUGCCAGAAAGGGAGAGCUUACCCUUAGUGGAGGCUCCGGCAGGCUGGGCGUUAGGCGGUGUACCCUUGGUGGUGCCCUUGGAAGACCCUCGGUGCCGGGACCUCAGCUUGGCGGGGGGCAAGGGCGCGUCUCUGGCCAUGCUGACGGCUUAUAAGGAAUUGCUUGAGCCUGAGCAGGAGCCGUUCGAGGUGCCCCCUGGAGUAGUGGUGACAGCUCGGGCUUGGGAGGUGCAGCUGGCGGCGUGUCAUGACCUGCAGCAAGCCAUCAGGAACCUGCGAAUGGCCUCUGCGGCGGGACAAGCGGCCAGGCUGAAGGAGGCCUGCGCGAGGGCCGUGAAUAUGUGUAAGGGGGUCCAGGUGUGCAAGGAGGUGCAGGAGGAGCUGUUCACAUCCCUGGAGGAGGUUCUGGACGUGGAGAAAACUAGGGUGGCAGUGAGGUCAUCGGGGUGCAGCGAGGACGGGGCGGAGACGUCGGCGGCGGGGCAGAACGAGACGGUGCUGGGGGUGGCGGGGCGGCGGGACCUCCUGAAGGCCCUCACGCGCUGCUGGGCCUCCCUCUUCGCCUACCACAGCGUCGAGUACAGGAGGCAGCGCGGUCAGCCGGUGGAGUCGGGCAUGGCGGUGGUGGUGCAGGAGAUGGCGGUGGCGGCGGCGGCGGGGGUCAUGUUCACGGUUGACCCCAUCACCGGCGACCCCUCGGCCAUCACCAUUACAGCUAACUACGGGCUGGGCGAGAGCGUGGUCUCGGGGGCCUCUGAGCCUGACACCGUGAUCGUCAGGAGGAGUUGGCGGGACGCUCUCAGGGUCUCCAAGCGGUCAGUGGGCGGCAAGGCUUCCAAGUGUGUGCUCAAGGAGGGCGGAGGCACGGAGGAGGUGGCUGUGGGCGCGGAGGAACGGCAGCAAGCUUGUGUGAGUGACGCCGCCGCCCUCAGACUGGCCCGCGUGGCGCUGUUCCUGCAUGAAGCCUUCGCCGGGCCCAGGGACGUUGAGUUCGCGCUCCUGAAGGGGGGCCAGGUGGUGGUGUUGCAGGCUCGCCCCAUCACCAGCCUCAACGCGUGGACAGAGUACGAGCUUAUUCACGAACAGGACUCAGGCACCGUCACGGACCAGGAGCCCAUCACCAAAGGGAACACGGGCGAGGUGUUCCCGGGCAGCACGUCUCCCCUCUCCAUCAGUCUCGUGGCCGGAGUUCUCGACCUCGUUUUUCAGCUGCAGUGGCGCGGGGUUGACCUCCACCACACCGUGCUCUGCCCCUCCUACUACACCCACGUCUUCCUCAACAUGCACGAGACGAUGCAAAGGCUGGCGGACGAGGAGGCUGCGGGGGCGUUGGUGUUCCAGGCUCUCGACAUGACGGUCUUCGGCCAUUACGUCACCACCCCCGAGAUGCUGCGGAGGGCGAGGGACCGUUUUGGGGUGGCGACACUGUGGGCCAAGCUGCGCAGUCUUCUAACGGUGGUCUUUGACAAAGUGAGACUGACCCAGAGGAGGAUGAGGAGGUACCAGGAGCAGUACAGAGACUAUCAAAUGGAGCCAGGGAGGGCGGUGAAUGCCAAGGCUCUAUAUGCGGAGAUCAACAGACGCCUCCCUGAUCUCCUAGAGGUUUCCAAGGUCCAUAUGGCCUCCAGCCGAGUCGCGUCCACCACCCAAUCCAUCGCUUUUGUAAUGUUGGCGGAGGGCAGGAAAGAACUCAGCACGGACAACAUUUUGGACAUGGCUGUGUUGUUGUCUUCCUGUACCGGAGUGGAGUCUGCGGAUGUACCCAGCGCCCUCAAGGAGCUCUCCCGCGUUAUCGGUGAGAGCGAGGAGGCGGAGGAGUUCCUGGCGAUGUCUACGGACGAGGCGCGGGUGUGGCUGCACUCCCACCCCGGGCCUGUUGGGUGUGGAUUCAGGCAGUUCCUCACGAAGCACGGCCACCGCAGCAUUAAGGAGUUUGAUCUUCGCUCCCUGUCGUGGCGGUUGGAGCCUCACAGCCUGGUAGCGACUCUGCAGGUGAUGACGAGGCACUGCGUAGGGGAGGAGUCGAACCCUGCCUCACCCGCUGACCUGGACGACAUACUGAACCAACUGCGCUCACCUCUCUCCCGGAACACCAGACGCUCGCUCAGGUUCUUGCUGCCGAUGAUACGCAAUGGAGUUGUCCAGCGCGAGGCUUCCAAGUCCCUGCUCAUAAAAGUGGUCGAUGGCCUCAGAGAUGGGUACAGGGAGCUGGGAACGCUAUUGGUCAGCGAGGGACGGCUGCCUGACCCCGAUCUCGUGUUCUUCCUCAAGCACAAUGAACUGGGUCAGCUUGUGGCGGCCCCCUCGCCCUCCCUCGUGGUCAAGGCCGUGGGCAAGAAACGGCUGUUCGCCCACCUCGACUCCCUCAAGUUCCCGGAGAUCAACAUUGGAACGCCCGUGCCCAACCGAGAACAGGAAGAGGACGAGGAGGGUGCCGGCAGGAGACAAGAAGGCACCGUCGUACUGAAGGGCUCGACGGUGUACCAGGGGAGGGUGAAAGCCACGGCAAGGGUGAUCACGAGGAUUGCCGAUGCGGACACCAUACAGGCUGGGGAUAUCCUAGUGACGGUCAGCACGGACAUUGGGUGGUCACCUUACUUCACCUUGCUGAGUGGCGUGGUGACGGAGCUGGGCGGCCUGCUCUCACACGGGGCGGUCGUGGCAAGGGAGUACGGGCUGCCUUGUCUGGUGGGCGUGGAAGGAGCUACGGGCGCCCUCCGAUCUGGUGACCAGGUGCUGCUAGACUCUACCUCCGGAACCCUAACACUCCUCAAACCAUCUUCCUCCUCCUCCUAACUCUCCUUCUUCCUCCUCCUCUUCCUCCUCCUCUUUCUCCUCUUCUUCCUCCCUGUCAAUGUUGUUAUGUUUUUCUCGUUUCUUCUCUUCCUCUAUUUUUUUUAUCUUCUUCCUCCUCCAGUGUCUUCCUUUUGUUUUUUUUCUCUCCUCUUCCUCCUCUUCUCUCUCUCAACUCUCCUUCCUACUCCAUUCCAUAUCUUCCCAUUCUUCCCUCUUUCCUCCCCCUUUGUUUCUCUCCCUCCUCCCCCCUUGUUUAUCUCCCUCCUUCUUUCCUUCCAGUUUCCUUCUCUUCCUCUUUUUAUUCCAUUUUUUCCGUUUCCUCCUCUUCUCUUCCUUUCUUGCCCGUCUCUCCUUUCUCUUCUCUCUCCCAUUUCUCCUUCCUCCCCUUCCUCUUCCUCCACCUCUUUCUCUCUCCUUCAAGCUACCUCCUCCUCCUCCUUCUUCCAUAUCCUCUUCCUCCUCCUCCUCCUCUUUUUUCCUCUUUUGUUACGUUUCAUCUUCGUCCUCCUCCUCCUCCUCUACCCCUAUUUCUCUCUCCUUCAAGCUCCUCCUCCUUUCAUACCCUCUUCCUCCUCCUCCUCUUCCUCCUCCUUUUUCCUCUUCUGUUACGUUUCAUCUUCCUCCUCCUUCCUCCACUCCUCUUUCUCUCUUCCUCAAGCUACCUCCUCUUCCUCCUCUUCCUCUUCCUCCUCCUAUCUCACCUCCUUCCCCUAUUAAUGUAAUGGAGAAAUUUAUAAGUAAAUGAAUAAAUAUAAUAUAAAUGAUGGGUAAACAAUGUGUGAUAAUAUAUAAUAAAUGUUUUUUGUUGCA